GUUUUAAAGCAAAACAGUGACCAAUUUUGCUUACCAAAGCUGUUCCUGAUAAUGAUUAUACGGCUAUAUAGUUAUAUGUAUUAGAGUAUAGCCGAGUGUUGCCGGCGUCUCUCCGAUCAGUCGCACGGAAGAAUUCGCUCGAACUAGAAAUACCGCGAAGCCCACCAAACGAAACAGUGGAUCCUUAAUAUAAUCCUUACAAAUAGAAACGAACAAAACCAUGGAGGUACAAGUGGGAUGGCCAAAGCUGCUGAAGAUGGGAGCCCAGCUGGUGGGCCACAAGGUGCAACAGUACCGGCUAUCCACGAGUCACACAGUGACUUUGGACACCAAAUACGGACAGGUGCGCGGACUCCAAAGGAAGACGGUCUAUGAUAAGGAGCCGUACUUUGCCUUCGAGGGUAUUCCAUACGCCAAGCCCCCCAUGGGUGACCUCCGAUUUAGGGCUCCUCAGCCACCGGAACCCUGGCAAGGAGUGCUCAACUGCACUACCAAUAGAUCCAAGCCCAUGCAGAGGAACAUGCUUUUGGGAAUUGUCGAGGGCAGUGAAGAUUGUUUGCACCUAAACGUUUAUGUGAAAGUCCUGAAGUCGGAAAAACCGCUGCCCGUAAUUGUGUGGAUCUAUGGAGGUGGUUUCCAAAAGGGCGAGGCCUCCAGGGAUAUUUACAGUCCCGAUUACUUCAUGAAGCAAUCAGUGGUAUUCGUCUCUAUCAACUACAGGUUGGCAGCACUAGGUUUUCUCAGUCUAAAGGACCCGAAGCUGGAUGUUCCUGGAAAUGCGGGACUUAAGGACCAAGUAAUGGCUCUACGUUGGAUAAGCCAGAAUAUCGCUCACUUCAAUGGCGACCCCCACAACAUCACUUUGAUGGGAGAAAGUGCGGGAUCUGCUUCUGUCCACGUGAUGAUGACCACGGAGCAAACACGAGGUCUCUUCCACAAGGCCAUCAUGCAGUCGGGAUGUGCUCUCAGCGAGUGGAUGGAGAGUCCGGAUAACAAUUGGGCGUUCCGGUUGGCCCAGAACCUGGGAUACAAGGGCGACGAGAAGGACGCGGAUGUCCUAAGUUUUCUCAGUAAGGUUAGCGCUCGUCAGAUAGCGGCUGUUGAUCAGAACGUUAUCAGCCAAGAUGAGGUCCGGAGCUUCCUAAUAUUCGCCUUCGGUCCUGUGGUAGAACCCUACGAAACCGACCAUUGUGUGGUGCCCAAAAGACACAAGGAUCUGUUGUCCGGGGCUUGGGGCAACGACAUUCCCGUUAUUGUCGGAGGAAAUUCUUUCGAGGGUCUAUUUUCGUACCAAUUGGUUAGAAAUGAUCCUUGGGCCUUGAAAAACUUUCACAACAUCCUCCCGAGGGAGGUUAGAGAAACCAGCAGUCUGGAAGGGCAGGAUCUUCUGGUUCGGCGACUAAAGAAACUCUACUUCAACAACGAGAUGCAAGAAUCAAUGGAAAUGUUUGAGGCACUGAAUAUAUUUUCGCAUCGCCAGAUUUGGCACGAUACACAUCGCUUUAUUCUCGCCCGCCAGUCUUAUGGCCCCAAAACUCCCACCUAUCUAUACCGUUUCGAUUUCGAUUCCCCGCACUUCAAUCAAUUUCGGCGAUUGGUGUGCGGCGAUCGGGUUCGUGGAGUAUCCCAUGCGGAUGAAUUAUCGUACCUGUUCUACAACAUCAUAGCCUCCAAACUAAAUAAGUCGUCGAUGGAAUAUAAGACCAUAGAGAGAAUGGUGGGCAUGUGGACGUCGUUUGCCUCCAGUGGGAAUCCAAAUUGUCCAGAACUCGGGUCUACUAAAUGGGAGCCCGUACAGCCGAUGGAAAGCGCCGUGGAGAAGUGCUUCAACAUCAGCCACGAUCUUGAAAUGCGAGAAUUGCCGGAGGCCGAAUGCCUGGCUGUGUGGGAUACGUUUUAUCCCAGAGAGUCUCUCUUCUAGUUCUCAACUACAAACACAAGGUCAAGUGUAUAUUUUUUAUUCUUUAAUAACGUUUUUAAAUCUUUUGUCUUAAUAAUGCAUAAAUACAUAUAUUUAUUUUUGAUAAU